GCAAGGUCUUCAACCCCGACACUGAGUUCCCAGAGUUCAGCCGCCGCCUUAUCAAGGACCUGGAGAACAUGUUCAAACUGUACGAUGCUGGACAGGACAACUUCAUCGACCUGAUGGAACUGAAGCUGAUGAUGGAGAAGCUGGAGGCUCCCCAGACCCACCUGGGCCUGAAGAGCAUGAUCAAGGAGGUGGACGAAGACUUUGACGGCAAACUCAGCUUCCGUGAGUUCUUGCUCAUAUUCCACAAGGCCGCAGCAGGGGAGCUCCAGGAGGAUAGCGGGCUGAUGGCGCUGGCGAAGCUCUCCGAAAUCAAUGUUGCCCUGGAGGGCGUCAAAGGUGCCAAGGACCUCUUUGAAGCCAAGGUCCAAGCCUUGUCCUCUGCCAGUAAGUUUGAAGCUGAGCUAAAAGCCGAACAAGAUGAGAGGAAGCAGGAGGAAGAGAAGAGGAGGCUCCUCCAGGCGGCCUUCUGAGAACUCAAGGCCGCUUUCAGUGCAUAGUCAG